GUCAUGAAGAAGUUACUCUUCCUCUUUGCUAGUCUCUUCUUUCUGGCCCCAGCCGAGAAUGCAUUUUUUGAUGAUAAAUGCUACAAACUUAAAGGGAGAUGCGUGCCUUCUUGUCGGAAAAAUGAAGAAUUCGUUGCUCUCUGCCAGAAGGCUCUGAAGUGCUGUGUGAUAAUCCAACCAUGUGGGAAGAAUGAAUAUAAUCUUUGA